GUGGGGAUUGUGCGAUCGGAUCGCAUUUGUGGAUCCAGGAGGCCCCCGGAAAACAUACUUUUCGUUCUCGAUUUCUCACAGCCCAGUGCAUUGGAAAGCCGGAUUGCUGGAUUUUCCAGUCCAACAUCAACGAGAAUGUCCGCAGCUUUUUCUUGCAGGCUGAUGGCUCAGCAUGGCUCAGCUCAUUCUGCGACGCCCAUGGUUCUUGGCAGCUUUGGGACUUCCAUUCGUCAGAGGUGAUGGAGAACUUUUCCUUAGUUCAACCUCGCCGGAACCAGUGUUGGCGCCUGCGGGCAUUGGGCCUGGUAACGUUACAGUGGAUUGCAACCCCUAUGAUGGCACGCGCUAUUUGACCUUCGGAAACGGCAAUGGCAUCACCCGUGACCAGUGCACUGCUAGCUGGGAUCUUCAUGAGAUUCAGCUUUGGGAUGAGAGGGGUGAACGGAUCACCGAUUUGACAGCUUCGACAGCCACUGGUGAUGGUGGAAGUGGUUACACUCCGGACCUCGCUAUUGAUGGCAACAGUGCUACAUUCUUCGCAGGCGACCACGACAUUGGCAUGAGCUGCCAUUGCUGGGAAUCUAGCAAAAAGGACGCCCAGAGCAUCACGAUAGAUAUGGGUUCCACGAAGAAAGUCUCCAAAAUCAUGUUGUUGCAGGGUGGAGCUGGCAACGAAUGGGCCGUUUCAAAGAUCCGCAUCCACUGUAGCAGUGGCAGCAGCCUACAGAACUAUCCCCUGCCGCUCGAUAUCUCCUUUGGCCAGACAGAUAUUGAAUGCAAUGCCGGUGGCUGUGUUGUCGCUGGCAACUUGGCACAUCCUGGUUGCGGGUUCAUUUUCCAUGCCGUUGCAGCAACACCUGAGAGGCGCUUCUCUCAGAUCUGGGACGGCAGUAGGCGACUGACAGGGAUUGGUGGGGAUUGUGCGAUCGGAUCGCAUUUGUGGAUCCAGGAGGCCCCCGGAAAACAUACUUUUCGUUCUCGAUUUCUCACAGCCCAGUGCAUUGGAAAGCCGGAUUGCUGGAUUUUCCAGUCCAACAUCAACGAGAAUGUCCGCAGCUUUUUCUUGCAGGCUGAUGGCUCAGCAUGGCUCAGCUCAUUCUGCGACGCCCAUGGUUCUUGGCAGCUUUGGGACUUCCAUUCGUCAGAGGUGAUGGAGAACUUUUCCUUAGCCUCCUGGCACAAAGUUGGCAGACCAGUGGGAAAUGGCUUUAAUUUUGGUUCAACCUCGCCGGAACCAGUGUUGGCGCCUGCGGGCAUUGGGCCUGGUAACGUUACAGUGGAUUGCAACCCCUAUGAUGGCACGCGCUAUUUGACCUUCGGAAACGGCAAUGGCAUCACCCGUGACCAGUGCACUGCUAGCUGGGAUCUUCAUGAGAUUCAGCUUUGGGAUGAGAGGGGUGAACGGAUCACCUCUUUGUUAGCUUCGACAGCCACUGGCAGCAGUGGAAGUCACGCCGCUCCGAACAAAGCAAUUGAUGGCGACAGCGCUUCAUACUUUGCAGGCGACCACGACGUUGGCAUGAGCUGCCAUUGCUGGGAAUCUAGCAAAAAGGACGCCCAGACCAUCACGUUAGAUAUGGGUUCCACGAAGAAAGUCUCCAAAAUCAUGUUGUUGCAGGGUGGAGCUGGCAACGAAUGGGCCGUUUCAAAGAUCCGCAUCCACUGUAGCAGUGGCAGCAGCCUACAGAACUAUCCCCUGCCGCUCGAUAUCUCCUUUGGCCAGACAGAUAUUGAAUGCAAUGCCGGUGGUUGUGCUGUCACUGGCAUGGACCCGGCCUACUAUCACACAUGUGAUUCAGCAAUCUCGAUUGCGUCUUCGCUCUACCUGAUCUCCAUGAUUCUGCUGGGUUGCUCGCCAGCAGCCUUUUGUCAAGAGACUUGGGUAGAUGGGGUCUUCUCCUCUUAG